GAUUUCUGCCCGGAAAUAAAGAUGGCCACCCGGCUCGAGUUUACUCGAGAUUAAAUCGCCCCGAACUCCAUGGGCUUGGCUGCCCCAGGACUGCCCUCAAGAUAUGUUCCCAAUAUGCUCGGGCAAGGCAGGCAACUUUGCAAAGACAGUAGGAGCAGCAGGUAGGCAGGGACACGGCUGCCCCCACAGCAGCUACCCUUCCUCUCCUCUCUCCUCCCGCUCGCAGACCUGCCUGCCUCGCCGGAAGAUCCGGGUCGUGAGGAGGGAGCAGGAAGUCGGGACGUGGCCGCCCAGCUGAGCAGCGGGGGGCGAGGCAGGCGAUGGCGGCCGCGGCGGCGCUCAGUUCGGAGCGGCUGGAGGUUUCCAUUGAUGGCCUGACCCUGAGCCCGGACUCGGAGGAUGCUAGGCCGGGCCAGGCAGAUGCUAGGCCGCUCCCACUCGCUGGCAGCCGAGGCGGCCGAGUGGGGACUUGUGGUCAGCCAGGGCAGGCGAGGGACGAGGCCGGCGGAGACAGCGACAGCGACGGCGGCGGCGGCGGAGCGCUGAGUCUGGAGCGGCGCUGGGGCUUCGGCCUGGAGGAGUUGUACGGCCUGGCGCUGCGCUUCUUCAAAGAAAAAGAUGGCAAAGCCUUUCAUCCCACUUAUGAAGAAAAACUCAGACUGGUAGCCCUGCAUAAACAGGUUCUGCUGGGACCUUACAAUCCAGAUACCUGCCCUGAAAUUGGAUUCUUUGAUGUACUUGGAAAUGACAGAAGGAAAGAGUGGGCUGCGCUUGGCAGUAUGGCAAAGCAAGAAGCCAUGACAGAGUUUGUAAAACUCCUGAAUAGGUGCUGUCAUCUCUUUUCAACAUACGUUACAUCCCAUAAAAUAGAGAAAGAAGAGCAGGAAAAGAAAAGGAGGGAAGAGGAGGAACGCAGACAACGUGAAGAGGAAGAACGAGAGCGUUUACAAAAGGAGGAAGAGAAACGCAGGCAAGAAGAGGAAGAGAGGCUCAGACGGGAAGAAGAGGAGAGACGGAGGAUAGAAGAAGAGAGAUUCCGAAUGGAACAGCAAAAACAACAGAUAAUGGCAGCAUUGAACUCUCAGACUGCUGUCCAGUUCCAACAGUAUGCAGCCCAGCAGUACCCAGGCAACUACGAGCAGCAACAGAUCCUAAUUCGCCAGCUCCAGGAGCAGCACUAUCAACAGUAUAUGCAGCAACUUUAUCAAGUCCAGCUUGCACAGCAGCAGGCAGCUUUACAGAAACAGCAAGAAGCAGCUGCCACAGCUUUAGUUACAUCAGUAUCAAAGGCAAACUCAGCCACUGCAGGGGAAAUCUCAUCAGUCAAUGGACAGACUAGCGCACAUGCAGGCAGCCCUGAAAAAGACCUGGAAAUAGAUGCUUUAGAAGAAGCACUAGAGAAUGGACCAAAAGAAUCAGUUCCAGUCAUAGCAGCACCCUCCAUGUGGACACGACCCCAGAUUGCUGACUUUAAAGAGAAGAUUCGCCAAGAUGCAGACUCUGUAAUCACAGUGGGCAGAGGAGAAGUAGUGACAGUUCGAGUUCCAACACAUGAAGAGGGCUCUUACCUUUUCUGGGAGUUUGCUACAGACAAUUAUGACAUUGGUUUUGGGGUAUAUUUUGAAUGGACAGACUCUCCUAACACAGCUGUCAGUGUUCAUGUUAGUGAAUCCAGUGAGGAUGAGGACGAGGAAGAAGAAAAUGCUAGCAAUGAAGAGAAAGCCAAAAAGAAUGCGAACAAGCCUCAACUAGAUGAAAUAGUGCCUGUGUACAGAAGAGACUGUCAUGAAGAAGUGUAUGCUGGCAGCCAUCAGUACCCAGGGAGAGGAGUCUACCUCCUCAAAUUUGACAACUCCUACUCACUAUGGAGGUCAAAAACAGUUUACUACAGAGUGUAUUAUACUAGAUAAAGCUCCUAUGUUGUUGGAGGUUGGGGUGGUGCAGAAGACAUCAUGUAGUUUGGAACUUUCAUCAAACAUACUGGACUUUUUGACUUCAUUAUCCUGUCUAAUGUGUCUGCGGUUGUGUGUGUGUGUGUGUGUGCUUGUUAACUUUGACACUGGGAAUUAGGCUUUUAUCUACAGCCCAGUGUUAAAGAAAUAGGUGGGGCUAGGAUCGCCCAUCUUUUCUGGUAAUGGUUCUUUGCCAAUUAAGUUUAUAUAUUGACUUUCAGAAUCCUUUCAGUUCUAAGGCAGGCACACACACAGACACACACAGACAGGGGGAGAUGUUUCAUUAGUGGCAGUCAUGAUGUUGCCUGAUGUAUAAACUUUGAACUUUUAAAAACAAAUCUGUUAGCUGUUCAUUUGAUGGUACCAGCCUUACUUGUGGGGGGAGUGGGAAUUGGAUGCCAUCUGCACUGUAGCAAGCAAGUUUCUUAAUACUGUAUUUGAAUGUCAAAUUUUUACACCAUUAAACUUGAAACCUUAGUGGAUGCAGUUUAGAAAUAUAUUUGACGUCUGUUCUCGUUGAAGAAGUUAUUUGGAGCCUAGUAUAGUAUGGUUUUGGAUGAGAGAGAGGAGUGUAUGUGUGUGUGAUGUGCACGCAUGCAAGCAAGUAUCCUUGCGAAAGGCCCAUGAGUGUACCUAUACAUAAAUACAUACAUUAUGCGCUUACCUAUAUACAUCAGGGACAUCUUGUUUGAUUGCAGGCUUACAAAGAAUUGAUUUUGGGCAUCAAAAAAAUAACAAAACAUAUCUAUCUUUCCCCUAUAUCUGCUGCUAUUCCUAAGAUUGUUUUGCAUAUUAUUCUUACUUUAUCCGAAGAACGUUUGGAUAAAACUCUAGAUUAGUGUCCAUAUCCCACCUGAAAUUAAUGAGAUCCACUCUUGCUUUUGGAAUUUGUGAUGAAGCAGGUAUAUGUAUAAGACAUUCCUGUUGGAGUGCAUGCUUUUGCAACCGUAUAGGUAAACAUCCUACAAUAGCAUUUUUCUGCACUGGUUUUAUAGUCUGGGGAUCUUUUCCGUUUUUGUAAACCGAAGCUUCCACUUCCACUUAGUGCAUUAUCAAAGAAGUUUGCAUUAUUACAGAAUUAAUAUUGCACUAAUGUUCUUGAAAUCACUGCCAGGCCCACCCUCAUCUUAAUUUUAGGCUACUUUUGAUUAUCCAACUCAUGCCCUUUUGUUCAAAUACACAAGUAAUAUUCCAACCUUCAUAUCAAGUCUAGACCAAAACUAAAAAUACACAUUUACUCAACAAUGACUAAAAAGUGGAUUUUUGUCCUUUAUUUUCAGUUACAUAACAAUUUUUAUAUGGACUAUGCUUCCCAAAAGCAAGGUAGGAGUGCAGGUGUUUAAAAAAACAGUUUGUAGAGAUGUGUUAUGCUUGACAUCCCCAUCACCAAUUUCUCUUUGUAGAAUAAUUUGUUUGGAUUAGCUAACAUACAUACUUGUUCCAUUACAAAUAAAUCUCUUGGUAUUUUGGAAAUGUUGAUUGAAUAUUUGUAUAUACAUGAUUUUUUCCCCUUUUCUCACAUCUUACGGAGAUUUAUCUUGUUUGAUUUAGCAUUUUAAGCUUCUGUCCACCUAAUGCUGUCCAGACAGCUCUGCUCUAACAUGUUGCUUCCUCAUGUGUACAUAAUACUGUAUAAGCAAUGGAGUUGAAAAGUAAUUUGCUUUUUUAAAGCUGUAUUUUAAAAAUAAAUUAGAGGCAGGCAUUCAUUCUGUUCCAUUUCUUUUCAUCCAUACAGAAUUAUGGUCUAAAAGUAAAAAUGUGUUGGAGAGCAAUACUUGUUGUAAACAGCAGCAAUUUUUGCUGUCAGGCUUUGUGGAUAUCCAAACUCCAAAAGUUGCCUCUUACUGUUAAAUAGUACAGAUAAGUGCGCUUUCAAAAUAUCUUGGAAUAAUAUAUUUAAUCUGAAUUAAAAAUGCUUAUAUGGA